CAGCUUUUCUAGUUUUUUUUUCUCUUCUAACUCUCAAACCCCCUUCACAGAGGUUAAAGCGACAGCUCCAAAUCGCUGUCCGCCUUGUACGAGCUCGAGCUUCGUCUAGGCCCUCUCUCUCUCACACUUUUUAUCUUUUAAUUCAAAACUAUCAAUGGCGGUGAAAGCAACAAAGGCGGAGAAGAAGAUCGUUUACGACUCGAAGCUUUGUGAGCUUCUGAAUGAGUUCCCUCAGAUCCUCAUCGUCGCGGCAGAUAACGUGGGGUCCACGCAGCUUCAGAAUAUAAGGAAGGGACUUCGUGGAGAUUCGGUUGUUCUGAUGGGGAAGAAUACGAUGAUGAAGAGAUCUGUUAAGCUUCAUGCUAACAAGACUGGGAAUGAUGGGUUUCUUAAUCUCAUUCCUCUUCUUCAGGGCAAUGUUGGGCUGAUUUUCACCAAGGGUGAUUUGAAGGAAGUUAGCGAGGAGGUUGCUAAGUACAAGGUUGGAGCUCCAGCUCGUGUUGGCUUAGUAGCUCCAAUCGAUGUGGUUGUGCAACCAGGCAACACCGGUCUCGACCCAUCGCAGACCUCUUUCUUCCAAGUGCUCAACAUCCCAACCAAGAUCAACAAAGGCACGGUUGAGAUCAUAACCCCCGUGGAGCUCAUCAAGAAAGGCGACAAGGUUGGUUCAUCCGAGGCUGCGCUUCUAGCUAAACUCGGAAUCAGGCCCUUCUCUUACGGCCUCGUCGUGGAGUCAGUCUACGACAACGGCUCAGUGUUUAGCCCUGAGGUGCUUAACCUCACUGAAGACGACCUUGUUGAAAAGUUUGCAGCUGGUGUCUCCCUUGUGACCGCUCUUUCCCUCGCCAUCUCUUACCCAACAUUGGCAGCUGCGCCUCACAUGUUCGUUAAUGCGUACAAGAAUGUUCUUGCUGUUGCCUUGGCUACUGAGUAUUCUUUCCCUCAGGCUGAUAAUGUGAAGGAGUUCCUCAAGGAUCCGAGCAAGUUUGCAGUUGCUGCUGCGGCUGCACCGGUGUCAGGAGAAGCUGGUGGAGCUCCUGUGGCGGCGGCUGUGGAGGAAGAAGCUGCGGAGGAGUCUGAUGGGGACAUGGGAUUCGAUCUGUUCGGCUAAAUUAUAUGCCGUUUUAAAGCUUUACCCCAGUUUAUCUUUUUGAUUAUCUAUUAAAGUUGAACACUUUUAAUUUCAUUUUCAAACUUUCGUUGUUGCAUGUUAUGGAUAUUUUGG